UUUUUUUUUUUUUUUUUUAAAUUACCGAUGAACUCUUGAAAACGACGGGACUUUAUAUUAGCUGGGGUAUCACUUGUAGAUUUAUCUAGUGCUAUUCGUCCCUAAUUUUGUUUUGGUUUUUUUGUUUUUUAAAAAAAGGUUUUAAACGUUGUUUUUUUAAUCGUGUAUCGCGAGAGAGAGCGCGAGGCCGGGUGUGCGCGAGCUUCCUCCUGUUGCUGGCAGGUUAGCUUGCUGGCUAAAUCCUGAGGUAAUCUUUCAGACUGAGGGAAAAGAAACACAGAAAAUGACCGAAUCCGACAAGUUAAACAUCGAUUCUAUCAUCCAGCGUCUUCUGGAAGUGAAAGGCUCCAGACCUGGUAAAAAUGUGCAGCUGACUGAGAAUGAGAUCCGUGGGCUGUGUCUCAAAUCCAGGGAGAUUUUCCUCAGCCAGCCCAUUCUUCUCGAACUGGAAGCACCUCUGAAAAUUUGCGGAGAUGUUCACGGUCAGUACUACGACCUGCUCAGGCUGUUUGAGUACGGCGGAUACCCCCCGGAGAGUAACUACCUGUUUUUGGGAGACUACGUAGACCGAGGCAAGCAGUCUUUAGAGACCAUCUGCUUGCUGUUGGCUUACAAAAUCAAAUAUCCAGAGAACUUUUUCCUGCUGCGCGGGAACCACGAGUGCGCCUCCAUCAACAGGAUAUACGGCUUCUACGAUGAGUGUAAAAGACGCUACAACAUUAAACUGUGGAAGACAUUCACGGACUGCUUCAACUGCUUGCCCGUGGCCGCCAUCGUCGACGAGAAGAUUUUCUGCUGCCACGGAGGCCUGUCUCCGGACUUGCAGUCGAUGGAGCAGAUCCGGCGUGUGAUGAGACCCACGGACGUGCCGGAUCAGGGGCUGCUGUGCGACCUGCUGUGGGCCGACCCCGAUAAGGACGUGACAGGCUGGGGCGAAAACGACCGUGGUGUCUCCUUCACCUUCGGCUCGGAUGUCGUCGCCAAGUUCCUGCACAAACACGACAUGGACCUCAUCUGCAGAGCGCACCAGGUUGUGGAGGAUGGAUAUGAGUUCUUUGCGAAGCGGCAGUUGGUGACGCUCUUCUCCGCCCCGAACUAUUGCGGCGAGUUUGACAAUGCUGGUGCCAUGAUGAGCGUAGACGAGACGCUCAUGUGCUCCUUCCAGAUCCUGAAACCCGCUGACAAGAAGACGUUGACGUACAGCGGCACUGGAGCUUUCGGAUCCGGCCGACCCGUCACGCCACCAAGAAACGCUGCCAAGGGUGGAGGCAAAGCCAAGAAAUAACCACCACGACACACACAUUUCUCUUCCUCUCCUACUUCCUUCAGUCUACCUCUCCUAUUAUUCCUCGUCUUUCAGAUUUCUCCGUUUUCUCGCCGUGAAUGUACUUUUUUUUUUUUUUAUUUAUUUUUUUUUUAAUUUUUUAAAAUAAAUUUUAUUUCAUUUUGACCAAUUAUGAGCAUGAUAUAAUGUUUUCAGAGUGUUUAUCUUUACCUUCUAUCACGUUUCUUCAUCAUAGAUGUAUAGAAAUAAACACAAGUCCCCUUUUAGGGAUUUUCUUUUAUUUUUUAUUAUUGGACCUAAGCAUUUAUUUUUCCCCUCUUGAGUCUCAGGGUCCGACACACCUUUAUCUCCUGAAGCAAUGGCUAUAAUUGUUUGUGUGUGUGUGUGUGUGUGUGUGUGUGUGUGUGUGUGUGUGUGUGUGUGUUUUAUCACUGCCAUUCUUAAAUGUGAAGUGUGUAUGUUUCCUGUUUCAUCAGCAAGCAAAACGAGUGCUGGAGUUUUAGGACAAGAUGUGUGUGGGUUUCUUUCUUUUUUUUAUUCUUCAGCUUAGAAUUCAUGACCCAUUUGUACAAAAUAUCUCUGGAAAUUCUCGCUCUGCUCUUCUCUUCACAUUUACUUUGUUUACUGACGUGAGUGAUCAGCGUUCACGGUCACUGUCAUACAUUCGAUUUGUACAGCGCAUUUACUUGAAUAAGAAAAUCUCUUCCUCUGUUUUGUAGUUAUUCAUGAACUUGGACAAUAAAGUGAGAAUCUCUUACAAGAAAUAA